AUGAACGCAUUUCCCGCAACUAAAAAAUAUGAUGAAAUUGUUAGUAAAAUUAAUGAAGGAAUAAAAUUGGUACGUGAUUUGGCACCAUUCACACCACAAACAAUUCUUAUCAAGCAUCCAACAAUGGAAUAUUGUUGCUCUCUAAAAGGUUACGGAAUUGACAAAAUCGAUUAUGAUGUCAUUUCCUUCAAUGAACCAUCAUUCAAUGCUUAUCAUGUUAACGAAGCAUCGAUCAAAUAUAUUCAUUCUAAAAUUGAGGAACUCAGUAAACAUUCAAGCAUUUGCACAAUCGCUAUUACAGGAGAAGAUAUGUCAUUUUCAGAUGAUAAAGAUGAUAUUGUUGAUGAAGAUCAAAAGAAAGAAAAGAAAAAGAAAAAAUUUGUUUCCUUUCCGCAUACUUUUGCAAAAUGUGAUUCAGUUUUCAGCAAGCCAAAGAUUAUUCACAUUUGGUAA